GUCUGAUGCAGCCCGAGAGUGGAAAGUAUGGGAAAAUUGGAGUUUCAGUUGUCUGCCCCCAGGCCCGCGACUGUAAUGGAAAGAUUAAAAGCUGCUGCCACAUCAGCCUCUGACUGCCAAAACACCGGUGGUUCCUCCAUGACUCCCACCCCCCUGCCUGUUCCCACCAACUUGGUAUUUACUCUUUAACAGCAGCCCUAAAAGGAUUACAGAGGAUUUUCUUAUUUCAAGAGCUGAGAAAAAGCUCUGCUGUAUUAUUUUUGGAUCAUCCAAGAAUAACGUCUACAACUCUUCUGGAGGGACUAACUGAGGAGAGUUACCUCUCUGGUGUGGGGGCGUAGCGUCUGGUGGAGCAGCCACAGGGAUACUGGGUCAGCCGAGAGCUGCCUUUACCUUCUGCACCAGUGAGCUGGAAUCACAUCUGAGUCUGUUCCGCUGGGACUUGCCGAACACAGAGGCAGCCUGCACGACCCCUCAGCAUGUCUCUCAGACUCCUGCCUGCCAUCGUGAUGGACAACGACGAGGACGACGAUGGCAACUUCACCAAUUGGAUGAGCAGUUACUGGGGCCACGGGGCAGAAGCCGCGCACUCCAGAGACAGGAAGCGCAGCUUCCGGAGGCCCUCCAAGACGCACGUUGACCGGCGAGCAUCCCUCCCCACUGUGUCACAAUUAGAUGCAAUGAAGUUAAACAAGCUUCAUGCGGCAACAAUGGCCCCUGCUCCCAGAACAAGAGAUGAGAAGGCCGAGGUCAGGCCUCACCCCAGAGCUUCUCGCCGUCAGUCGUUGGAAGACAACCGGCCGAGGACCGCCAAUCCAGAGAACCGCAUCACCACCAUCCCAGAGAUCACAGAGUCCUUUGAGAAAAGACUUCAGCUCAGUGACAAGAGGACCAUGUCUCUGAGUGACGAUAACAAGGUGUGCCUGAUCUGCCAUGAAGACAUGUGCAAAAGUGGAGGAGGAGGAGUUCAACAGCUUCAGUGUACGCACCGCUUCCACAAAGAGUGCAUGGAGCAGUGGCUGUGGAAGAAACAGACGUGUCCCACAUGCCGCGUCCAUGUAUCCAUGAUAAAACCCCUCCACUGGUCUUCAUCCCGCACCACUGUCCCGUGAUGAUCCUGCGCUUGCAGUGCCUGCAUGUUCAUGUGACCUAUUUUCCCAAAGACCUCCACUCCUUCUGCAUGCCCCCAGGGGAAGAUGGUGUCCCAUCAGGGUUUAUAAUAUGCUAUUAUUUGUUUGUUUGUAUUUUCUUUAAUUUGUUUUAGUAAAACAUGAGCUGUGAACCAACCUGCAUGUGCAUGAAAUGUGCAGUGAAGAUGUUCCUGAGCGAUUAUCAGCCAGACUUUACCCACAGCUUUAAAAUGUAGCACACCAACAGGAACAUUUGACAUUAGGGACAAAAUGGACUCAAAUUUCCCGUUUAGACUUUGAGCUGCAGUGAACACAUAAACACCUUUGACGAUCUUCACAUUUUGCUGCAAGUUCUUCACACUUUGAGGAAAAAACCUACCUUAAAAACACAAUAAAGUCCUUUUGAAUCUAACAUUUAAGGAUUUGUUUGAAUUCAGCACAUUGCAUUUGGAAUAAAUGGAAUUUCUGUUCUGUGAGUUAAACUGUGAGUUAGACUAUUUGGAAUGAUUUAACGAGUAUGCAUGGACAAAAUAUAAUUGUCACAUGAUUCAGAUAUUUUUUUAGGCCUUCAGAGAAAGCCUUGAAGGCCCCGACGGCCCACCACUGGUGAGUUUCCACCCAAAACAAUACUUAAGAGCUGAGACAGUUUUGUAUUGAAGUUAGCAAAUAUACAUUUCUGAUUUAAAAUAUUCCAACACAUCCACUGGACAGUUGCUCUGUUCUCUAAACAGACCCGUUUUGGAAUCAUUUAUCUUUGUCUACUUGCAUAGACUCCUUCAAAUUUGCCUGUGAAUUUGGCUCCGCCCAAGUAGCAACACUUUGAUUCAGCACCAUGGCUCAUCAACGUAGUACCCAGAAGUUGUGUGUAUUUGUAUGAUUUGUUGCCAUAAGUGAACAUUUGACUUUUCUCAUAAACAUACAAUCCAACAUGAUGCCUUUACAGACUCCUAUAAAUACACGUCAGAGAGAAGGCGUCGCCAGAGCACACACAGGGUUUUUGUGGGUUGGAGACUUUCGCUUGUAAACCUGUCUGUAUAUUGUAAAGUUUUUCAACUUCUCUUUUAUGUGUUUUUGUUGCCAAAAGAAAAGUUUACUGUCCGUUUUAACAGUAAAAAGAGAUGAACUGCUGAAAACACAGUUUGUUGGUCUUUGCAGAUAAGGAAUAAAGCUUAUUAUAGCAAGACAAAUGUUCUUUUCUUCCUGUGUAUAAAUGUAAAACUUUGUAUUCUUUCGUAAACAAAUAGUCAAUUAGACUCUCCUUGGAUUUGAAAAUCUUCAGUCUGUUUUUCAUGUGCUUAGUAGUAUUCGAAUGCUGAAAUGCCACACAGAAACAUUCCAUUUAGGAACUUUAAAGGUUGUAGUGUGCGUGUGUCUGGUGUUGCUGUGCAUGCCAGAAUAAAUACUGCAAAAAUAACCCACACUUAUUAAAAGUGCUUUGGUUUGUCUGUGUUCCAACAUAUCAUUUUCUAUAGCAACAUUACUAUUAAGGUAAUAACACUGUAGCCAAUAGAAAAAAAAGCCCAUGUUAAAUAUUCAAAGGAAAGUAAAUCCCUUUAAAGUGCUGGCGCGGCGCUCCUUUCAGAUUGUUAGAACUUGCAGUCAUAACAAAGGAUAAAAAAAUUCCCUUUGUUCAGUUGGUCAACAUGUAGAGGGGAAGGACUCAAAUGUACAUAUUAGAGGUGUGAAGAUGUUUGUAAUCAUAGCUGUUGGAAAGACUCCUCCUCAGACAUUGCUUCAAACUUUGCAUAUAACUAACCAUACUGCGGCCAGAAAAGUUGUCAUAGUUCCCCAUUAAAUGGUUGCAAGGCUGCCAAAACAAUAUUGCUACAGUUAUUAUGAUAUAAUUAUUUUUUUCUUUUUGUUUGCAAUGUUUUUUGUGUGUGAAAUAGACUGUAAAUGUCCACCAAUCCACCAACAAAUGAUUUUCAUCUGUUACCUGACAACAAAACAAGCAAACAGAUAAACAUUAAUGCAAAGUGCAGACAAAUAUUGCAAACCAUCAAUCUGUUUUAAACAACAAAAAAAUAAUAAAACAAAACAAUAAAAUGCUGACACGAAUGGGCGUUUUGAACCUGAUUACUGAUAAACCAUAAAUUUCACUGGGAAACAGUUAAAGUGGUGCAAUCUCUUGCUUAUUUCCAGUGUUUCUGUGAGACACUCCAUACUUAAAAUGUGUUUUGACUAAACACUGUCUAAAAGGUGCAACCAGGUCUGGAUCCCAAUGCUCCUUGCAGACAUUCACACUGCUGUCAUGAAGACUACCCAACACUGCAAAAUGUAAAAUUCCACACACAUCUAGAAUCUUCUAGGUUUUUCUGACUAGAACAAUGAUUGUCUGCUGUUCAACAUCUUAAUAAGCAUUAAAUCUCAUGAACUUUUUUUUUUACAAGUGUUUUUGUUUAUUUUAUUUUCUGUUUGUUGCUGUAUUUGUUUAAUUAUGGAUCUUGAUGUUGUGGGUUUUGAUUGUUUCCUUCUGUGAUGUAUCAUUUGUAAACUAUCUGUUUCAUGCAAGAAUAAAAAACUCAAAGCAUA